CCGGGCAAGUCCCCCGCCCGGCGGCCGCCCCGCCGAGAGCGCCUCUCCUGCCGCGGCGGCCGCACUCCUCGCCCAAGUCCAAGAUGUGUGAUGGCAUCAGCCAUGAAGACUGAGCAGCCCACCCUGGAAAUCUUUGAGACGGCCGAGUGCAAGGAAAAUGUGGCGGCCGGCGAGGAGACAGCCAAGCCGGAGCCAUAUUACGUGGAGAGACAUUCAUGGAGUCACCUGAAGAAGCUCCUGGCAGAUACCAGGAAAUAUCACAGCUGCCUGAUGGCCAAGGCACCCCACGACUUCACGUUUGUGAAGAGGAAUGACCCGGAAUGUCCUCAUUCAGACCGGGUGUACUACCUGGCCAUGUCCGGUGAAAACAGGGAAAACACCCUUUUUUAUUCCGAAAUCCCCAAAACGGUAAACAAGGCUGCCAUUCUUAUGCUGUCUUGGAAGCCUCUUAUAGACCUCUUUCAGGCCAGCCUGGAUUAUGGGAUGUACUCGCGAGAGGAGGAGCUGCUGCGGGAGAGGAAACGCAUCGGCACCAUUGGGAUCGCCUCCUACGAUUAUCACCGGGAAAGUGGCACCUUUUUAUUCCAAGCUGGCAGUGGGAUCUACCAUGUCAAAGAUGGCGGCCCAAAUGGGUUUACGCAACAACCUUUGCAGCCCAAUCUGGUUGAGACCAGUUGCCCGAAUAUUCGGAUGGAUCCGAAGAUUUGCCCCGCAGACGCCAACUGGACUGCCUUUAUUCAUAGCAACGAUAUCUGGAUCUCCAACCUGGCAACCAAAGAAGAGCAGAGGUUAACCUUUGUACAUAAAGAACUUGCCAACGUUGAAGAGGAUCCCAAGUCGGCUGGCGUCGCUACCUUUGUGCUACAGGAGGAGUUUGACAGAUACACGGGCUACUGGUGGUGCCCGGCAGCUGAGCCAACUGUUGGAGGAGGAAAAAUCCUUAGGAUUCUGUACGAAGAAAACGACGAGUCAGAGGUGGAAGUUAUUCACGUCACAUCCCCCAUGUUGGAAACCAGGAGGACAGAUUCUUUUCGGUAUCCCAAGACAGGCACCACAAAUCCCAAAGUCACUUUCAAGUUAUCUGAAAUAACAAUUGGAUCUGACGGCAGAAUUUUGGGUGCUGUUGACAAAGAACUGGUCCAACCCUUUGAAAUCUUAUUCGACGGAGUGGAAUAUAUCGCCAGGGCAGGAUGGACACGAGAGGGGAAAUACGCCUGGGCCAUCCUACUUGAUCGUUCUCAAACUCGGCUGCAGAUUGCUUUGCUUCCCCCAGCCUUAUUUAUCCCUGUGGAAGAAGAUGCUAUGGAAAGACAGAAAUUAAUUGAUGCUGUGCCUGACUCCGUUACCCCCUUGAUCGUUUACGAAGAGACAACAGAUAUCUGGAUAAACAUCCAUGAUAUCUUCCAUGUUUUUCCCCAAACUCACGAGGAUGUGAUAGAAUUCAUCUUUGCCUCCGAGUGCAAAACAGGAUUCCGACAUCUGUACAAAAUCUCCACCGUUUUGAAAGAGAGCAAAUACAGACGAUCCUCGGGGGGACUUCCAACUCCAAGCGACUUCUUAUGUCAUGUCAAAGAAGAGGUGCCCCUCACCAGCGGAGAAUGGGAAGUGCUUGGCCGGCACGGCUCAAACAUCCGAGUGGAUGAAGUUAACAAACUGGUAUAUUUUGAAGGUACAAGAGAUUCUCCCUUGGAACACCACUUAUACGUCGUUAGCUAUGAGAACCCUGGAGAAAUUCAGCAGCUGACCGAACAUGGUUUCUCACAUGCUUCCUAUGUUAGUCAGGACUGCGACAUGGUGAUAUGUAAAUUCAGUAACCAGAAAUGCCCCCACCAAGUCUCCCUCUACAAGCUGACUGGAAUCGAAGAGGGAAUUGGUCAAAGGGCCAAGGAAUUCUGGGCCACCAUUUUGCAUUCUUCAGGUGCAGCUUGUAAACAACCGCUUUAAAGGGGUCAAAUAUUUCCGACUGAACACCCUGGCUUCCCUGGGCUACGUGGUCGUGGUGCUGGACAACCGAGGUUCCUGCCACCGGGGCCUGGCCUUCGAAGGCGCCUUCAAAUAUAAGAUGGGACAAAUUGAAAUUGGCGACCAAGUGGAGGGCUUACAGUAUUUGGCUUCCCAAUACGAGUUCAUCGAUUUAGACCGGGUUGGCAUUCAUGGUUGGUCCUACGGUGGAUUUCUUUCCCUGAUGGCCUUGCUGCAGAGGCCAGAGAUCUUCAAGGUGGCAGUUGCUGGUGCUCCCGUCACUUUGUGGCUUUUCUACGACACGGGUUACACCGAGCGUUACAUGGGAGACCCAGACAAUAACGAACGGGGCUAUUGCUUGGGCUCCGUAGCUAUGCAGGCAGAGAAAUUCCCUUCACAGCCCAACCGAUUAUUGCUACUGCAUGGAUUCCUGGAUGAAAAUGUUCAUUUUGCACACACUAGUAUUUUGCUGAGCUUCCUGGUCAGGGCUGGGAAACCCUACGACCUCCAG